AUGGACGACGACGAAUUAUUAUCAAAUUCGAUUUUUGGCACAGCGACACCAAACUCUGUUUCGGAAUUUGCAGCGGACGUUAAUCCAUCUUUAUCUAGUUCUUUCCUAGCUGAUAAUUUCACCAUUGGAAAUCCUUGGGAUCCACCAACUGUUCUUAAUGUGAAUGACACUUCAAAUAUUUUGGCGAACGUCGAUCUGCCAGACAUUUAUGCGUAUGCUUUCAACCUUGCACAGCCGAUGGGCGGCAGAAUACCGGUUUCGGCACUUCAUAAAAUUUUGACUGUUAGUGGACAACCUCAUGCAACAGUUGAAAAGAUCUUAAAUUUAGCUGUGCCAGCCAGUAAUACUCGAGUUAACAGAGGAGAAUUCAAUACUGCACUUGCACUUGUUGGUCUAGCACAAAAACAUAUGGAUGUGUCAAUUGAAACAUUAUUAGCACGGAAAGAUGAUUUGCCAGAACCAAUACUUCCCAAUUUAGAAAGCAUCAAUUUCAAUAAUCGUGCAUCAAGUUUUGGAAAUUUAUCACAACCAAUAAUCACACAACCCAACACUGCACCUCCACUUGAAGCUGAUCCGUGGGCUAUGCCAUCACAAUCAACGUCGAAUGGAGUUCCCACUUUCACAAUAUCAGAUAUUACGACUGACUUCCCGUCACAGUCGAGCAGUGUUCCAAGAGUCCAGCCAGAUGGUAGAUCUGGUGGUGGUUUACUAGCACGUGAAGAAGAGUUUCGAUGGUGUGAUGAUACGGAUCCGAUUACUGUCAAGUUUGCUCCGGAACGAGAAGGAUUCCUAUUUAAACAUGUUAAUUAUAUUAUAGAAUCACAGCGACAUGGAUCAACAGUUACGAGACGAUACAGUGAUUUCUGGUGGUUAAUGGAAUGCCUUGUGAGGAAGUAUCCUUACCGCAUCCUACCAGCAUUGCCACCCAAAAAAAUUGGAGUCAACGGAUUUUAUUUCACAGUCGAUGAAUCGUUCCUUGAAAAACGUAGAAAAGGGCUCAUUCGUUUCUUGAAUUUUAUUGCAAGGCAUCCAGUGCUUAGAGACGAGGAAUUAGUAAAGAUAUUUUUAACGGAACAACAGGAAAUAGCAUUAUGGCGUAAAACAAAUACUCCUGAUCUUGAAGAAGAAUUUCUGAAAAAGACUGUACCAGAAGAAAUUGAGGUUCGUAUACCUGCAGAUUUGGAAGAACGGCUUAAUAAAGUAAACAAAAAAUUAAACGAGUCAAUCGAGCAUUAUCGUAAUAUGUGUCAUAUAAUGGAGCGUAUUGCUCGUCGACGUGAAGGAUUGUCAAGUGAUUAUACGCGAUAUGGUGCUGCAUUAAACUCGCUGAUUGAUAUCGAGAAAAAGUGCUAUAUCGAAAAUUGCUCUAAUUGCACUCGAAUAGCAAAUGGUUUGACGGAUGUAUCAUCACACAUUCAGAGAGCCAGUGCUAUUAUCGAAGAAGAGGAAACUUUUGAACGAAGGGAUCGAUUGGCAAUGGAUAAUACUAUUGAUGCACUCGAGACUCGGAUAUCAACCAAUACUGCAAAAUUAUCGGGUAAAGAAGAUCCGGAAACCGAACGAUUGUCGGCUGUUAUUCAAAAGGAUCGGGUUGAUGUUGAUCUACAAAGAAAACGUAAAAUUUUUAUUCGACAUUGCUUCAAUGCCGAACUUUCACUAUUUCACAAAAGUUCAGCAUUUAUUUCGCUUCUUUAUCAAAAUUAUGCACACGAACAAGUCAAAUUCUCGCAGCAAUUUUACGAGAAUUGGAAACUUCUGAGUCCUAAAAUUUUUGAGAUGCCUAUUCAAACUAUUGAUUUUGGUUAG